UGCUGUACAUCAGCAACCUGUGCAUGGAUCACUAGCUGCUGGAGCAAGGGCAUGGUGUGGAAUUGGAAGGGCACCAGGAGGUUUUUGCAGUCUGUACUCCUGGGGCGCAGUGAAUUCUUCCAUCUGAUCUCCUUGCUUCUCUCCAGAAAGCUGAUGCCUUGAUUGCAGUCUUGUGAGAGGCCCUGAGCAGGAGAAAUCAGCUAAGCUGUACCUGGAUUCCUGACACAAAGAAACUAAUUGAAACCAGGGACGACAGGUUCCCGCUUCUCCCACCUCAAGGCUGACCUUCCACCCCCAAGCCCACCACUGGCCCUUCUCCGACCACGUGACCCUCCUCAGCCCCCGUGACUCGCCGCCGCCGACCCCUCCCCUCGGGCCGCAGGCCGCCUUGCCCCGCCCCUCAAACCCACGUGACCUCCUCUCUCCCACCUGACUGGCUCCUCCCUUUCCCCCGGGCCGGACCCGGCCGCCGUCGCAGCGGCCCGACUCCAAAAUGGCAGCCGCGCACAGCGCACACCCGAGCGGCCGGACCUCCCUGACUCCCGGGCCGCCCCGUUCUCGCUCCCGGCCUCCCUCCUUCGGCCUUCACCUACACGCCUUCGGAUUGGCCGCUAGGAAUCCCGCCCCGCCAGAGCCCCGCCUGCUAUUGGUCACGGUCUUAUAAUCAAUGGAUAAAGUAGGGAAAAUGUGGAAUAACUUCAAAUACAGGUGUCAGAGUCUCUUCAGUCAUGAGGGAGGAAGCCGUAGUGAAAAUGUGGAUAUGAACUCCAACAGGUGUUUGUCUGUCAAAGAGAAAAACAUCAAUAUAGGAGACUCAGCUCCUCAGCAACAAAGCACUUCCUUAAGAGAAAAUGUUGCCUUACAACUAGGGUUAAGCCCUUCAAAGAAUUCUUCAAGGAGAAACCAAAACUGUGCCACUGAAAUUCCUCAGAUUGUUGAAAUAAGCAUUGAAAAGGAUAAUGACUCAUGUGUCACCCCAGGAACGAGACUUGCAAGAAGAGAUUCCUACUCUCGACAUGCUCCUUGGGGUGGGAAGAAGAAACAUUCCUGUUCCACAAAGACACAGAGUUCACUGGAUACUGAUAAAAAGUUUGGUAGAACUCGAAGUGGACUUCAAAGGAGAGAGAGGCGAUACGGCGUAAGCUCCGUGCAUGAUAUGGAAAGCGUUUCCAGCAGAACCGUAGGAAGUCGAUCUCUGAGACAGAGGUUGCAGGAUACUGUGGGCUUUUGUUUUCCCAUGAGAACUUACAACAAGCAGUCAAAGCCCCUCUUUUCUAAUAAAAGAAAAAUACACCUUUCUGAAUUAAUGCUUGAGAAAUGCCCUUUUCCUGCUGGUUCGGAUUUGGCCCAAAAAUGGCAUUUGAUUAAGCAGCAUACAGCCCCUGUGAGCCCACAUUCAACAUUUUUUGAUACAUUUGAUCCAUCCUUGGUUUCUACAGAAGAUGAAGAAGAUAGGCUUCGAGAGAGAAGGCGGCUCAGUAUUGAAGAAGGGGUUGACCCCCCUCCCAACGCACAAAUACAUACGUUCGAAGCCACUGCACAGGUUAACCCAUUAUAUAAAUUGGGACCAAAGUUAGCUCCUGGAAUGACUGAAAUAAAUGGGGACAAUUCUGCAAUUCCACAAGCUAAUUGUGACUCAGAAGAGGACACAACCACACUGUGUUUGCAGUCACGGAGGCAGAAGCAACGUCAGGUAUCUGGAGACAGCCAUGCCCAUGUUAGCAGACAGGGAGCUUGGAAAGUCCAUACACAAAUUGAUUACAUACACUGCCUCGUGCCAGAUUUGCUUCAGAUCACAGGAAAUCCCUGUUACUGGGGAGUGAUGGACCGUUACGAAGCAGAAGCCCUUCUGGAAGGGAAACCUGAAGGUACAUUUUUGCUCAGGGACUCUGCGCAGGAGGACUACCUCUUCUCAGUGAGCUUCCGUCGCUACAACAGAUCCCUGCAUGCCCGAAUUGAACAGUGGAAUCACAACUUUAGUUUCGAUGCUCAUGACCCGUGUGUGUUUCACUCCUCCACUGUAACAGGACUUUUGGAACAUUACAAAGACCCCAGUUCUUGCAUGUUUUUUGAACCAUUGCUUACGAUAUCACUAAAUAGGACUUUCCCUUUUAGCCUGCAGUACAUCUGCCGUGCAGUCAUCUGCAGAUGCACUACGUAUGAUGGAAUUGAUGGGCUCCCUUUACCAUCAAUGUUACAGGAUUUUUUAAAAGAGUAUCAUUAUAAACAAAAAGUUAGAGUUCGCUGGCUAGAGCGAGAACCAGUCAAGGCAAAGUAACUCCUCCAGUCCGCAAAGGGCAUUAACUAGAUCAGUUUUUAUGUGCAUCGGGCAGUACACCUAUAGCAAGCACACAUAUCAGUGUUAGGUUUUUUUAGUACAGUAUGUAAGCUUCGUGUUAGUAUCUGUCAGGUGCGAUCUGCUGUUACUUACUCAGAUAAACGUGGUGCCUAUUGAGACAACAGAGGAUAGAGCCACAGGUGUUCAGUAAGGCUGCAAAAACAUUCUGCCGAUUUAGCUGACAGUUUGGUUUUUAAUGGCUAUAGUAACUGAGUGAGGCAACUCUGGGGCAUUUGCUAUGAAGAAUUCUAUUUCUUACUGAAGAACAAAUUAUUAAUAUUGGAUGAGUAUUUCAACAGUGACUAAUGUUUGAAAUUAUUAUUUUUUCUAAGAAUUUUUCUAUAACCAUCCAAAAGUAGUAAUGUUUGUAGUUACUAUAAAUCAAGCUUUGGAAGUCCAAAAAAUAAAGACUGCCUUCCUUUUAGAAAAAAAAAAAAAAGGCAAUUUUCUGGCCACAAGGGCAUAGUGCAGUUCACUGAAGUAUUCCUAUAGUUUAUAGUCAGUCUCCUUUUCUCUUCUGCAAAAGGUACUGUUAAGUAAACCAGGUUUUCUAAGUAGUAGUUCUUAAGAUUUCAGACUUAUAAAAAGUUGGUAGUAGAAUUUUAUUUAAGGCCGUAGGUAUUCAUUUUUUAAUGAGUGCUUUAACUUAAAACACAUUGAGAAUAGCUGCUGCAAAGUAGGCCUGUGUGUGAUUUUUUAAGUUGACAUGUGCAGUCGAAUCGCUGAUUCAUUAAAGUUGGAUCUUUUUCUAUGCCCAUGAUGAGUUUGUGAACCAUUAAGAACAUGAGACUAGAGGAUACCCAAACAAGUCAGAUAAUACUAACUACAGUGGUUGCUGAUUGUUGAGAUUAUUGUUAAGCUGUAAUUCAUAAUUUGGAUGGCAGUAUUUAUCUCUUUGUUGUAAACUCUCAGCUGAAUUGCUUAAGUACAAGUUAUAGAAUUUCAGUGCACUUAAUUUUUAAUGAAAAAUCUUAAACCUGAAUUGCUGACUUAAAAGGUACUGUACAACCAUUGUAUCUGUAAAUAACUUUACUUAGCACCUUUUCGUCACUUAGAAUAGUAUGCAAUACUACUUGAGUGAGCUAUUUCGGAAGUAAUACCAAGUUCUAGUGUUUGCUUCUUAGUAUUGAACUGAAUUUACAGUUCCGUCCUAGACAUUUUGCACUAAAGUAGUCGAAUCCAUUCUUGUGUCUUUUUGUUAACGUGCUCUGUACCACUGGUGAGUGCUCCUUAGUUUCCUUACCUGCUGCUACAGAAAGUUGUUUUACAUCCCAAUGGCUGUCGCCAAGGCCACAAAAAAGAAAAGCUAUAUUUGUAUGCAACACUAACCCUUUGACUGCUAAUGUAUGUUUCUGCUUGCUGUGCCUUGUUACGGCUGCUUUUUUGUGCUAAUAAAGUAUGUUUGGUGUUCUCCUUGUA